GCUCUCUUUUCUGGACGAUAUUUUUUUACUGGCGCAACCGCAUUGGCAACCAAGCUGACUGCACUAUACUAAUCGCGAUUCUGAAGCUCACCAGGACAUUUAGUUAGAGCUUGCCACCGGUUUGCCCCAUCAGGUACAUGACGCUUGCUCUUAUUGCCUUGUUCUCUCACAUACCAACUUCAGUUUCCCUAUUCAAACUUCAUCUUCCACCAGCGUAGUGGGGAUGGGCGGCUAGGUGGUACGGUACGGUACUCUACACUAGGUACCUAGUCGGGCUAGAAGACCGACGGGCCAGGAGCCCAAAGCCACGUCUGUUUUCGCCUGCUUCCCGUCUCAACUCCUCAUCACACACAUAUCCCGACACAUGUCCCGUUUUUUUUUGUUUCUUUUCAAGAUCUUCGUUGUUGUGUAGUCAAUCGCCUCUAUCCAUCGUUCUCGGUUCUAGAAGACGGGGAUGCAAGCAAGCUGACUAACAAAGGGAAGCUAAACGAAUAAUCGUCAUCGGCCCCCGACAGCACUGAGCACUGAUGGCGAAGACCCCCCUUGUUAACGUCAACUCCACCACGCCCACCGACAAGAUGGCUCCCUCGACGCUCGACCUGUUCAUGUUGACGUUCAACUGCGCCAAGAACUUUAUCGACGUCGGUGUCUUCGCAUCACACCUCAACGCCGCCUUUAAACACAAUGCCACUGUGCUCCCCGAGGUUGUCGUCUUCUCUCUGCAAGAGGUCGCCCCCUUGUCGUAUUCCUUCAUCGGCGGCUACUUUCUCAACCCGUACCUCGCACGUUUCGAAGAGGCCCUGAACCUUGCCGCUACCCGAUACACCAGCGAACCCGACUCCAACGACGCGAGCAGCGAUGCCGCCGACGAUGAUACGAUCUCGGUCAAGCCCACCGCCCCUACCCCCGUACGGCCAUACACCCUGGUGCGGACUCGCAAUGUCGGUAUGACCGCCAUCAUGCUCUUUGCACGCAACCCGGAGUCGAUCCUGCGUGUGCAAGAGGCCGAGGUGGGCUUCGGUGCGGCGGAAAUGGGCAACAAGGGGGCUGUAGCGCUGCGGGUCCUGUACGAAGGUGUAACAACGGACGGCGGGAAGAAGGAGACGGAGCUCACUUUUGUGGCCACCCACCUGGCCGCGAUGGAGUGGAACUUGCCCCGGCGGAACGCCAACUGGGCGGCCAUCAUGCGUGGCCUCACGUUUGAGAACCCGGAAACCCUUCUGAAGCCCAAGAAGAACGAGCCCGGUAGUACAGCGGCACCCGCCGAGGGGAAUGGGCAGACGGACGGUGCCGAAGACGAAGGAGUGCACCUCUUACACGACGAACAUCAUGCCGAGACUCUUGCCCUCCAGGAGCGUCUACAGGAGAUCUCCGUCUUCAAGCCGAGCUCGCACCUCUUUGUCGGCGGCGACCUCAACUACCGCAUCUCCACGACGAGCCCGCCGCCGAUGGCGACGUUCCCCAGCCUGGACCCGGACAGCGAACACCACUACUCUCGCUUCUUCGCCCUGGAUCAGCUGACGAGGGAACGCCAGGCGGGACGGACCCUGCACGGUCUCAGCGAGGCGGAGGUCAAGUUUCCGCCAACCUACAAGUACAACGUGCUGCCACUGGACGACACCCGUCUCAAGGUGGACGGCGUCGAGGACGUGCCGUGGGUAUUUGCCCCUCACCGGUAUCCCGGCUGGACGGACCGCAUUCUGUUCCUCGAUGUCCCCUCAUGGACUAAAGCGGAGCCCCAGAAGAUUGAGGUCAAGUCCUAUGACGCCCUACCCGUGGUGCGCAGCUCGGACCACAGAGCCGUGUUUCUGAGAGCGGCGGUGCCGCUCCUGACGGAGGAAGAGCUAGCACGGCCGUCCCCCGAGGUUCCGACGGCCAACGGGGUGGACCCCCGCCUCGUGCUGCCGGUGGCCAUCGACCCCGAGGCCUGGGAACGCCGGGCGGCGGCGAGACGGAAGGAGAUGUUCGUCGGCUGGAGCAUGUUCCUUUGGUCUACCAAACAGGGUGCGCUGUUGCUGGCCACGCUGUUGGCCGUGGGCGCAGGUGCUUGGUGGCUGAGCCAGUGAGAGCGUGACAGUGGGAUAGUUUGUGACCGGUCUUUUGAUACCCUUUUAUAUACUUGAGGGCCUUCUCGUUGCAUACAUGGAGGACAGAUCGAGCAUUGCGUGGCUUUGGAGAAUCCGGACGGCGCUGGCAAGAGCAAGAGCGUAGUCAUCAGUCAUGGACAGACAGAUGCUUCGAAAAAAAGAACUGCAUGUUUUCACGAUCGGUUUCCCAUGAAUGAUUCCGGGACUUUGCUCGCUUCACCGAGGCCGUGGCCUAAACCACGGGCUGCCUCUCUCUCUCUCUCCGUCUCGCAUGAUUUCGCGGAAGCCUCUGUGUAAGUCGGGUAAAUACCGGGGGGCAUUGGGUAUUAUCCGAAUGACACCGAGGAGCGAGUCAAGCCCGUUUCUGAGGAGAGUCGCCGAUGGAUGCCCGGUACACGGGUUUGACGGUUUUCGACGCAGGGAUGAACCCGUACACCAAGCGGUUUCCUUUCCCUCCUUUCUAUUCUCUGAGCUGUUGAACGAACCCCCCCUCCCCCCCUUUUUUUUUCCAUUUUGUUUUUCGAAUUCGGCCGAGGCGCGCGGCUACGUUAUUUGUCCGCGUCCGCGGGUCGGAGCACCAGAACCGAAUUCCCCGACGGAAAAAGGGGUUACGUAGGCCUUGCUGGACACGGGCGACACGACGAACAACGCCACGGACACACGCACAACGCUCUCAGCCGGCGGGCGGGGGAAGGGCACUCACACAUGGUUUGAAGAGGUUCUUGGCGCUUCCUAGGCUCUGACAUGAACGCUCAAGACUUACCUUUUUCUGAGGGGGCUUGUGAAGCAAGAU